AUUGGACUUCAAGGUUGUCUAUAUCAAACAACUAGAACUGCCUGGAAAGAGCUAUAACGUUUCCGUUGGACCUAAACCGACUAUAUUUACCGUUUUUUCUUGUUUUUAAUUCAUUUUUAGAAUAUCUAAAUUUUUCUUAAACUUUCCGGAAGACUUUCUUAGAAGCUUUGUUUUUGCCACAACCUAAAUUUUUUAAAAAGCUGAUAACUGUAUUCAAAAAUAAAAAUUCAAGAUGUUUCAAUGCUUAAAAAUAUUUAACGAAGCAAUCAAUGGGAUCGUUGGUUAAAAAUAUUGUUAAAGAAGGUCAUAAAAAACGAACUGGGGAAAUUGAAUCAAACUGUCCGAGAAUAACAAUUGAACGGAAGUCUGGUCGAAUACUUUCCGGGAAGUUGUAUGCGUUAACUACUCUAUUUAAAAAUACAUAUGUCUAAUUAAAACCUCUUGAAUACUUUUUGCUUGAUAUUGAUGAUGUACUACAAUUGUUCUUUUACUUUUUUUAAACAAGCUAUUUUUUGUAACAGUAUUAUAAAAGAACUACCGAAAGCAAAAUUUUAACAUGUCGGCUAGUACAUAAACUCAAGUUUUGUUUGUAAGUAAAUUAUACAAAAUAUAAUCUAAUAAAUAAUUUUUAAGGCUUGGAAAUUUCCAAAAGAAGGUGUGUUCUAACCUUGUCGCCAUCAAAGUACUCACCAUAAGUAUUUUAAUCAUUCAUUUUAAAAAUUAUCGUCAGCGUAAUGAAACGAAUCCUAACUAUAUUUACUCUCCAGCACGAAAAAGGUUAUCAAAACAAAAGCCAUUAAAGCAAAUAAAUACAAAAAUGUAAAAUUGAGCGAAUCGGAAAGUAUGUAAAAAAAUAAUAAUAACAAACGUAGAAAUAAUGAAUUGAUAAGCCAAAGUAUAAACGCCUGAGAGUGCUGUCACGCCAGUAGGUAUUGAAUUGCGAACGAGUGUGGGUUGUACGAAUCGCAAGUUCACUAUUAUUCAGAGAUAUACGUUUUUCGAUUGAAGUCGUGUUUGCUCCGAAACUUAAAAAUUAUACAAAAUACAAAAGCAAUUGUGAAAAUGAUUUAUAAAAUAAUUUUCUUAUUGUCAUUAAGUUUCAACUACGAUAAGUUUACUGCUAACGCAAGCAGUUAUUGUACGCCCCGACAAACAAAAUACGGCUUAGUGUGUGUUUGCACGGCAGAUCACUGCGAUUAUUUGGAGAAUCCCCAGCCAAGCUCAAACGAGCUUGUAAUAAUUUCUUCAAGCAAGGAAGGCCUACGCUUUGCUGUAAGUAAAUUAAGUUUUGGCGAAAUUAAUACAAAAACAAAUACAGAGAUAAGUUUAAAUGAAAGCAACGACGAUUUCAAAAAUUCAGCGGUGAUCGUCGAUAAUCGACAACAUUUUGUACAGCUUUUGAUUGAUACGAGCGAACGUUCAACUUCCAGAUUCACACCGAAACUGCGAGUGAAUCGCUCAGUGGAAUAUCAAAAAGUUACAGGUUUUGGUGGUGCAUUCACCGGUACUGUUUCACUUUUGUUGGAACUAUUGGAUCAGAAGCUUCAAGAUCACAUUUACAAGUCAUAUUAUCAUAAAGAUGGUAUCGGCUUCAAUAUGCUACGUACCCCAAUUGGGGGCUGUGAUUUUGAUCUUGCCCCUUGGGCUUAUAAUGAGGAGCCUCGUGAUGAUAUCAAACUUUCAAAUUUCCAAAAGUUAGAUCCCCGCGAUGAAAUUAAAGUGCAACAAAUGGAGCGUUUAAAGUCAGUAUCCGAUUUGGAAACCUUAAAAAUCAUGGCUGCGGCUUGGAGUUCACCAACUUGGAUGAAGACAAACGGAAAGUGGACAGGCAUAGGAUUGUUGAAGACUGUAUAUUAUAAGACUUGGGCUGAUUAUCAUCUGAGAUUUUUAGAGUUAAUGGAUGCUAAAAAUAUGCCGAUCUGGGCUAUAUCAACUGGUAAUGAGCCGCUUAACGGAAUCGCCUUUUUCUUUUUCGUGCACUUCAUGAGCCUUGGUUGGAUACCAAGGAACCAGGCAGUUUGGCUAAAUGACUUCCUUGGACCAACAAUCCGAAAAUCCAAAUAUAAAAAUGUUCUGAUAUUCGGAAAUGACGAUCAACGAUAUUCUUACCCUUGGUGGUUUAUUCAAAUGAAUCGCACGCGCCCAGGUGUUCUUAACUACCUAGACGGCUUCGCAGUACACUCAUAUUGGGAUGAAAUGUUUGCACCCAAUCUAAUAGAUUUGACAGUUACGCAGUUGCCAGGCAAAAUCGUGCUUAAUACUGAAUCCUCCAUAGGAGACAAGCCAUGGCAAACCCAUGGACCCGAACUUGGUUCAUGGGAACGGGGUGAACAGUACGCACGUGAUAUUCUGCACAACCUGCAACAUUCCUACAAUGGCUGGAUCGAUUGGAAUAUCGUUUUAGAUGAGCAAGGUGGGCCGAGUUAUGUGAAUAAUUAUGUUGACGCGGCGGUGAUUGUGAAUACCACAAAUCGCGCGGAAAUAUACAAGCAACCAAUAUUUUAUAGCAUGGGCCACUUUUCGAAAUUCGUGCCCGAGGGUUCGGUGCGUAUUGAGGCGAGAAUGUUGAGUUUGGCCGUGGAGGUGGUUGCUUUCAAGCGGCCCGAUCAACGCAUCGCUGCUGUGCUGCUCAAUGGCGAAAACCAUGCCGUCGAAGUGCUUCUGAAUGACAGUGUACGCGGCGAGAUAACAAUUAAUUUACCAGCGCAUUCAUGGCACACGAUUGUCUAUAAUUAAAUGCGCACACAAUUUCACAUAUGCACAUACAUGGAUGCAAAAUUACAUUUUAUACUAAUUGAUAUUUCUACAGUAAUUCGGGUCUUAAACCAUUUUGCUUGUGCAAAUAAUAUUAGUUAAAAACUUGUUCAAUAAAUUUUGAAAAAUAUUUA